AUGGCCUCCGGCCAACCUUUCGCGUCGCGUUCGUACGCGGGCACAAAGCUCCCAGACCGCUCGGGCAACGCGAACGCCAUGCCCUUCAGCGCGUCCUCGUUCUCGCGGCAUCGCGGUCUCGGCGCCUCCGCUCCUGAGUUCAACGCUGAAGGCCCCAAGCAGAAUCAGCAGGCUGUUCCACCUGCGCCGCAGUCUCAUGCCCCCGCACAGGAUACCAAUCCGCUCAGCCGGUUGACCGAAGAGCAGAGGGAGGAGAUUAACGAAGCCUUCACCCUCUUCGACCUCGACCGCGACCGCCACCUCGACUACCACGAGCUACGCGUCGCCUUUCGCGCGCUCGGCUUCACCCUCGCAAAGCAAGAACUCAUCUCCCUCCUCACAACAUAUGGCGUGCCCCGCCCGCAAGUCCAGCAACAGCAAGGCGCCGCUGCCCCCAAGGGCAACAUCUCAAACCCCCAGCAUCCCUCCAACCUUCUCAUGCCAUUGUCCUCGUUCCAGACCGUCACGGCACUGAAGAUUCUCGAGCGGGAUCCGCGCGAUGAGAUUCUCCGUGCCUUUGAGCUGUUCGAUGAGGGUCAGAAGGGUUUUAUCGAUCUUGAGGAUUUGAGGCGUGUUGCGCGUGAGCUUGGAGAGACGGGGCUUGAGGAGGAGGAGUUGAGGGCUAUGAUUGAGGAAUUUGACCUUGAGGGUGUGGGCGGUGUUACUCGUGAGGCCUUUGUGGGCAUUUGUUGGCAGUAG